AUGUCGACGAUACAACAGCUUAAGAACUUUAUCCGACAUGGAAAGCACGCCCGUGUCAACCACUAUGACGAGCCUCAGCCGAAGCAACAGGCCGCGCCAACCCAGACCCAGAGAGUCCAUGCCGAACCAGUCAUGACUGAUCCUUCUACGGCUCCCGUUGAUUCUCUAAAUCGAUCUGGUGUCGAGUCCAGCCAUGCCCACUCCACCACCACCACCACCCAACAUGCGACCCCCGGCGCCACGAAAACCAAGAACAACAUCGACAGCGCCGAGAUCGCGAGGCUUGUCGCCGAGGAGAACGAGGCGAGGAAUAAGUUCCCAACCUAUCCCGGCCUGGAACGAUGGGUUCUGCUCGAGAAGAUGGGAGAUGGUGCCUUCAGCAAUGUCUACCGCGCCCGCGACACCCAUGGCCAGUAUGGCGAGGUCGGUGUCAAGGUCGUCCGCAAGUAUGAAAUGAAUAACAUGCAGGUGAGUUGCAACCUGGCCGUCGCUCUUUCACAGCUGGCCUGUUUCCUUGCUUCCACAUCUUGCAUAAGGUCCCAAAAGCUGCAGAGGUGCGAGAAACUUUCCUAUAUCUCCUUUGUCUUUGAAUUGCGAGGCGUCUUUGACUUUUGGGGCGGAUUUCCGCUCUGCUUGCUCGUGCCUCUUUUCUUAUUCGCCACCGGUCUUCUGCGGAUGCCUCGUGCCCGACAUGCCUGGUCCACCGGCAACUAA